AUGUCGUCCUCGCAGUCACCACGUCGGCCUGGUCGCGAGUCUAGCAUGAAGAGAAAGCGAGAGGAAUCUGCAUCUCCCACGUCGCAGCAUUCACAGCAUGAGGGCGAGGAUGGGGUCGUUCGGCGCGGUUUCGAGGCAAGUCACAAUGCUCCCACCAACUCCCGCUGGUCCCGAGUCGCAUCCUCGCAAGAAGCACCGGGGAGAGUCGUCCGGGCUCCAAGUCGACGAUACGGGCAGCGACGAGAGCGAUGGAUAUUCGAGGUACAGCGACGGUCACAGCGAGGUCCCACCCAGCGACGGCGAAGAAGAGGAGGAGGUCCAGGGACCGCCAUUGACCAGGGAAGAGGAGUACAUCGCCAGCAUGUCCUGCUAUUGGGACACCAUGCCCGACACCCUCGUCGACGAGUCCAUUCACCCUCAUGCCAUCCGGGGGCCGAUGCCCGAGAGACUCGAGUUCAAGAGCUGGCCCAAGGCCGUCCUGUCGAACCUUGUAGACUUCGCACAGUUGAAUAUCGGCGUCGAGGAGGCUGUGGAGUACAUCGAGAAGGCGUAUCGGCAGCGUCGGGACGUGUUGGGAUCGCAGCCACGCCCACCUUGGGUGAUUGCUAUGGAUAUCGCGGAGGCAUCGGGAAUGGCAGAGGAUGA